GUAAACUAAAAUGCAUUGCAUAGGUUUUGACGGUAAUUAAGAUUUUAUUUUUUUAUGUUAGUUGUUACUAUUUUUAUUUUAUAAGUAUUUUCUUAUUGAUUAAAUCGAAAAUCAAAUCGUUAAGGAUCAAAAAUCGGUAAAUCGAAAACCAUAAGAAAAUAUCUUAUUGGUUAGUUAUUAGUUUUACAUAUUUAAAAAUAAAAAAUUGAUAAACCGAACCAAUAACACAAAAAAUCGAACCAAACCGACUGCACACCCCCUACAUCCAAGUGUCAGUCAAGUCACUGAAGAAAGCAGUGAAAGUGUUUUUUAAAGUGGCAGUAACAGCAGCAACUAAAGAAGAAAUGGAGCAGAAGGAAACUUGCUUCGCCAAACGUGUUCGCUGCAUCGUCAAACUCGGAGGUGCAGCCAUCACAAGUAAACAUAAAUUGGAGACUAUAGAUGAGGAGAAUCUUAAGGAAGUGUCAUCCCAUCUUCGUCAAGCAUUUGUUCCGGAUUCUACUUCUGCAAAUGUUCUUGGAAUGGAUUGGAGUAGAAGGCCGGGACAGUCUGAAGCUCCAAGUUUCAUUGAUGAUUUCAGUGAUCAACCAGCAGGGGAUUCAGAAAGUUUUAUUGUUGUUCAUGGAGCAGGUUCCUUUGGACACUUUCAAGCUAGCAAGUCCGGGGUUCAUAAGGGUGGACUAAGCCGACCUCUUGUAAAGGCCGGUUUUGUUGCUACAAGAAUUUCAGUCACAUCCCUCAAUCUUGAAAUCGUUAGAGCCCUAGCAAGAGAGGGUAUUCCUUCGAUCGGAAUGUCUCCAUUCUCAUGUGGUUGGUCAACAUGCCAAAGAAAUAUGACGAAGGCUGAUAUUUCCAUGGUCAUUAAAGCUAUUGAUUAUGGUUUUAUACCUGUUCUGCACGGAGAUGCAGUCUUGGAUACAUUACAGGAAUGCACUAUCCUGAGUGGAGACGUGAUAAUACGUCAUUUAGCAGCUGAACUAAAGCCAGAGUUCGUUGUUUUUCUUACGGAUGUUCUUGGCGUAUAUGAUCGUCCACCAGCAGAACCUGGCGCCGUACUUAUCCAGGAAAUUGCUGUACGUGAAGAUGGAAGCUGGUCGGUAGUGAAACCUAAAUUGGAAGAUACAAGCAAGCCCGUUGAAUUCACUGUAGCUGCUCAUGAUACAACUGGCGGGAUGGUGACAAAAAUAACAGAAGCCGCCAUGAUUGCUAAGCUUGGGAUUGAUGUCUACAUAACAAAGGCAGCAACAGACCACUCAGUGAAAGCCCUUAGUGGAAUCUUGAAGGGCGGCAUACCGGAUGACUGGCUCGGUACAGCCAUCCGCUAUAUGAGCUGAGCGAAAUCACACAUUGCUGGUGCUGAAUACGAGGGUUCAGAUCAUUUGAAGACAUUCGUUCCCAAACAUCAAAUAUUUGUUUUAUAAUGUCUAAUCCCCUCCCUCCUCUCCCGUCUGUGGCUGGCUGAUCGAAUCCUACUUGCAUUCUUUCACUAAAGCAGCAAAAAUAAAUGAUUAGCCAUUUUUUACGGGACAGGCAGGGAUUGUGAGUGACUUUUUGUUUUUGUUGUGCUCUCUCUAUUCUUCCUUUUACUUUUCA